CGCGAUAGCAGGGCUCUGCCGCUCGUGCGUUCGCCAUGGCCGCGCUGUUCGAGGGCUUCACGUUGUGCGGAGUGGUGUCGGGGUCCGCGAGGGCUGAGGCCGCGUUGCUGGGUGUGGAAGCGGAGCGGGAGGAGGACCGCGUGGUCGUUACCGACUGCGGCAGGUCCGUCACCGUGUACAAGGUGUCGGAUCAGAAGCCGCUGGGCAGCUGGCACGUGAGACAGGGUCAGAGCCUGACGUGUCCCGCGGUGUGGAGCAGCCGGAGCGGGGAGUACGUGGCCGUCACGGACAGCAGGGUCAUAAGAAUUUGGAAAGAUGACGAUACCACUUUCGAAAAAACCUUCAAAGCAACUGUGUGUGCCGAUGUGGCGAGGAUCCACGCCGCUGCGGACAGCGAGCCGGUGGUGCUGUUUGCGCGUGGGGCGGUGCGGAUGCUCGACGCGCUGCUGGAGGCCCCGCAGCAGCCUAUAGAGGAGGUCCUCUCAGAGGAAGAGGUCAUCAGGUGGAGCUGCAGCCUUGUAGAGGGAAAGCAGCUGGUUACCAUUUUUACCACAGAACAGAAGGAGGACUGCUACUUGUAUUUGCAACGGUUCAACCCAAACUCCUUACACAAGUACAAGCUGGAGACGGGGGAGUCCCGUGCACGUCCACUGAGUCUGUGUGCCACCGUCCGCAAUCAAAGCAUAAAGCUCUUGUGCUUGUACUCGAGUGGCUGUCUCUACCAAAGUGUGUUAUCAAUGCGGGGGACAAUUCAGGAUGGGGUCCAGCUGCUUCCCAGAACCCUGCUGCUCCGGCUGCCCGUGGAGGAUGGGCACCUCUCUUCAGCAUCAGUGGUCUCCCUGGAUGAAGGCAACCUUGCGAUGGUGGGGGUUCCGCACCCCUCUGCCAGUGCUGGAAAAGAAUUCCUGUGCAUCUGGAAUACGAAUUUUCAGACACUGCAGGCCGCUAAGGAGCUUACAGGACGAAUAUAUGGACAGCUGUGGAGUUACUCGGGGAGGCUGUAUGUCCCCCACGGGAAGGCCCUCACAGUCAUCCCCUAUGAGUGCGAGAGGUCCUCCCUGGCCACGGCCUUGGGCAGGCUCCAGCAGGACCGGUCAGAUGGUUCAAAGCCAGUCACUACUGUCGUGUCCUGGAACACUCUACUGCAUGAAGAUACAAUCCAGCACCAGAAGGGUGCCAGAGGGGUGGAGACACGGCAGAGUAAAAGUCGGAAGAGCCAAAUGACCUCUCUCCUCACAGUCGACCAAGUGCUGGAGAAAAUUAAGUCGGCGUCAGAAGACAGCGUCACCCGGGACGUGGAGAUGAUUCUCUCAGGCACUGCAGACCCGGAGCUUCAGCUUGUCGUGGGCCGUUUGGCUUCUCAACUGGUGUCACGGUGCCAGUCGGACUCCGCUUUCUACCCCCAUCACACACUGGCGCAACUGGUGCACACCCGCUGUGUGUGUCACAGUUUGUGCCCCAACCUCCUGAUGCUUGCUCUGGAGAAGAAGGACUACUCCCUUGCCCAGCUCUGCCUGCAGCACUUCCCAGACAUUCCAGAGGCUGUGACCUGCGCUUGCCUCAAGGCCUUCCUCGACGCUGAGGAGAGCGACCUGCAGACAGAGAACCUGGAGCCGGACAGCGUGUCUUUCAUGGAGGGUAUGGUCGCGGUAUGCAAAAGGGACGGGGCCCUGGAGAAUGGCUUCAGUCCUGUGCUCCUGGAGGAGGACAGCUGCGAUGUGAACGCCCCUACCACCAGGGCAAAAGGCAAAGCUGAUUGGCUGGUGCUGGACAUGCCCUGCCCAGUAGGCGUAAAAAAGGCUGCUCUACUCAAUGAGAUACUGCAGACGGCACACACAGACAGCUUCCUGCUCCCCCAUCUAAAAGACCUCACAGCCCAGCAGGUCGUGCUCUUUCUUCAGUACCUGCAGUUCCUCUAUUUGAAGUAUUACCAAGACAUCAGUGCACAGGCGCCUGGUUUACGGUCCCCAACUGUAACACAGAUCAUGGACUGGGUUUGCUCUACACUGGAUGCUCAUUUCACUGUGUUAGUCAUGCUCCCUGAAGCACGGGACCUGCUCUUUCAACUCCACAAGUUUGUGAGAUCCCAGGUGAGAUUAAUUUGUGAACUUGGAAAAAUCCAGGGCAGUCUUCAAGACCUCCACAAACUUAAGCAGACUGAGGAUGCAGAUUUGUACUCCAUCGAAGUCAUAGAGCUGUUUUAGAGAAAGCUGUACAGCAUUUUUACAAUAAACUGCCAUUGUUCUUCACCGUAGUUCAGUUCUUUGGUUGUUAAACUGAACUUGUCUGUUGGUGCACAGAAGUGUCCUAUUUAGUCAUGUUUUCUGUGUUUUGUUCUGGACCUCUGAAGCACUGCAGUAGGUCACCUGUGCAUUAAUGCAGAAUAUUGCCUCUCAUGAACAUAUUUCUAAAGACUCCAUGAGGACUCAAGUGUUGAGAAAACAUGUACCUCAGUACUGCUGUUAGGGAGUGUUUUUCUCUCACCGCAAUGUGUGCAAUUUGUGCUUUUAGCUUUCUAAAUUCAAGAUGCAUUUUUUUGCAAUUUAUUUUUUUAAGAACAUUUUGUAAUUAUUUGUAUGUGCAAAGGUAUGAAGUGGUUGUAACAGCCUGUGGCAGGGGACAUACCAUUUGUGUACAGAAAGCUAUCUUAAAAUAUAUUACCCUAAAUAAAAAUGUUUGAUUGUGGGCAAAAAUGUCCACUCUGUGAAAUA